AUGGAAGACAAGGUGGUAGAGCCUUGGGUGCCUACUUCCCUGCAGGAAUCAUGCUUAAAGGCCGAGGAGAAGACCCUAGACUUUGAGUUUGAGGUGGUCAGUGUCCAGUUCAAUGAAGUGGGGCAUUAUGGCCUGCGGCUGACGGUGGAGAACCCGCUGCUGAAAGACUCUGGGGCCAGAGUUCAACUCCAACUGGAUAGUGGAGAGGUGCUCCACACCAGCACGGGGAUCACUGACGUCAUUGAACAGAGGGAUCCAGGCCAGACCCACACCUUCGCCCGGCGCAAAUUCAUCUUCACUCUGCCAAAAGGAUUUUGCAAAAAUGACGUGAACCAUGAUGUGCAGCUGCGGAUUGAGGCCAUCAGGCUGGGAGGGGUCUCACUGCAGGAAGUCCACCGGGCAGGGGAGGCCAUCUUUGCCAUCUACCCCCGCCCCAACCACCCACGAAUGAACCCGAGGGCCCGGUGGGACGAGGACCUAUACCAUUUCAGCAGCAGCCUUGCCCUGCUAAGGGUGCAGCAUGCCAGGUUGACCCGGCAUUGUGGUCGGCUGGUCUACACCGUUUCCUUCCAUGAGCACCGGCCCCUGCAGAACACACCUGGAGCCUCCCACCCGUCUGUUUCAGAAGCUUCUGGAGGCACCGAGGAAUCAGCAGACGCCUCCUCGGAGAUCAGCAGUCACCUGCCCCAUACCAAAAAGGAGUUGAUCGCUGUCAUCUUACACGGAGCCACUAACCUGCCUUCUCUUCAGGACGGCUCUAAGCCCUGGCCCUAUGUUAUAGUGAAGUGGGAGGCAUCCCAGGUGGGGCUGGAAGAGACCUGGUGCCUGGCUGCUGUCUGGAUUGGAGCCAAGAGAUUUGAGGCUGCAAUGUCCCAGAGGGUGGUCUCCGAAGAGUGUCUGAAAGAGGAAAAAGCCUUGGCUAAACUAGUGCUAGCCAUCAGCAGGGGAAGGAAGAAAAUGAAGAGAAAGGAGGCAGGAAUCAUCUCCAUUCUGUUGCAGCUGAGUCCUGUGCUUCAAUUAAUGUUGCAUUACCGAUCCCAGGAGCAUUCUGGAAAAUCAGGAUCUUUGACCCCUAGGGCACUGGGCUGGGAUCGGAAAAUCAGUUCAGAAGAGGCCAAGGAUUGGAAUGCCAAGACCUUCUCUCCUGUGAGCAAGGAACCCACUCACUCUCCCACCUGGGAAAUGGUGGUGACAACUGAAAUCCAAGAGGAAAACAUAGACUGUGAAGAUGUGAUCCUGACAGUGGCAGAUCAUAAAACCAGUGAGGUAUUGGCAGCCUACCGAAUUCCUGUGAAAUGCCUCCAUGUCUUCCAUCCCUAUCAUUUUGAGCUGGUGACGCCCAAAAAGGGGGACCCAGCUGGCACCAAAUUGUAUACCUCCAUCAUGCGUAAGGGCAGUUUCAUUCCCCGCUGCAUUGGAUUCACUUACACUGCUUUGGAGGUCUUCCUCCACGGGAUGAAUCAGCCUCUGAAAAAAUCUGUCAGUCCUAUCGUGGUGGUGGUACGAGUAGUCACCAACUACAGGGACUUCAUGAAGGUCAGGCUGGCCAACUCCCCAUUAUACUCAGGGCUGCCUCUAACCACGGUCGACUUCCCCAGUCCCUCUGUGACGUCAUUUGAUGUUCAUCAGAUCCCCAACCAAGGAUGUCCUCAGAUCUCGCUGCCUGGGAAGCCAGAAGAACAGCCCAUGUGGAACAGCUCCUUCCUCUUUCAAGGCAGGGAUGGUGCCACCCUCUUCACAGAAGACACGGCCCUGGUGUUGGAGUACUACCCAGUGACCACAGUGAUGAAGAAUGAACCCUGGAAUCUCUUCAGGCUUCUGGGCUUGUCUGUCCUCCCACUGAACAACUGUGUGUACCGAAAGUUGGUGGCUGGCCCAAACUGGACUGGGCUACAGGUGGAAGGACUCCCCAUUCUGGGCACCAAGCUGGAAACCAAGUCUGGCCAAUUUCCUGCAGUGCGGUUCUCUAUGCAGCUGAUUGGCUCAGAGAGACCAGACCGAUUCUUGACGAUUUCCAACAGCAAGGAUUUUCCCAGUCUGAACCCCUGGAUACUGGACUCCCGUCUUGAGGCUAUCACAGAGUUGAGGAGCAAACCAAGUGUGAAGUGUGAGUCUCCGGCCCCCCUCCUUCCACCUUCCCCAAUGGAAGGCUCCCUCCAGGUGACUUCACAGGUUGAGCUCCCACUCAGUGCGGCAGGGGUGGAACGUUCAGCCUCAUCGACUCACUCAAGCCUCAUCUGUAUCUCACCUUCAAGGAUUGGACUGGUGCGGUCCAAGGCUUAAAUCAAAGCCCAGGCCACCUGACUUGCUCCCGCUGCUCCUUCCUGAGGAGAUUUGUGGGAGCCCAAGGGCUCUCAUACCAGGGGAUGAAUAAUUGAC